GUCGCGGGGCCAGCCCUCCUCUCACAGCUCAAGCUUCUCAAAGCUGUUUUCCUUGUAGAGAUCAGGAGGCGGUUUAAGGGAGCAGCUGCCGACACAGAGAGAGGGGAAGGAUCAAAGAGGAGAGCUGGAGAGAGAGGGACAACGAAAACCGCACAAAAAAUCCCUCCUUUUAACUUCUCCCCAAAAAUUUCCCUCCCGUUUCCCCGCUGCCUCUGCCGACAGUCCAUUGAGAAAGAAGGGAGCCGUGUUCACAUGACAUAAUCGGAGUGAAUGGGUUGCCAUGGUAACUGACACUGGCAGGCCAACCCAGGAAAAGUGGAUGUUGAAUGGAGGAAGAGUGGAGGAGGCAGGCAAGCGAAAGUGAGAGAGACUGAGAGGAAAGAGGGAGCGAGGGAUCGCUCAGCUCCAGGAUGGAAGACGGCUUCUCCAGCUACAGCAGCCUGUAUGACACCUCCUCCCUGCUGCAGUUCUGUAACGAUGACAGUGCAUCAGCAGCCAGCAGCAUGGAGAUGAGUGACCGCAUUGCUGCACUGGAGCAGCGGGUGCAAAUGCAGGAGGACGAGAUCCAGCUGCUGAAAUCCGCUCUGGCCGACGUGGUGCGGAGACUCAACCUCUCCGAGGAGCAGCAGGCCAUGGGGACCAGGAGGGGGCCCACCAAAGACCAGGCAGCAGUGAGAAAGUCUCCUCCGUCAGAGAGCAGUGCUAGGCCAGCCAGGCCCAUGGUGCCAGCCUUACCGCUGAGGCCCACGGUCAACAACGGCACAGUCGUACCAAAGAAGAGCAGCACCCUGCCAUCUCCCUCCGGCUCCAGGAAGGAAAGCACUUCAACACCAGCAACCAAGAGCACUGUGAAGAGGACCAGCUCCUCAGAGCGGGGGGGCAGCGUCUCACGCAGGGAGAGCGAGUCCAAGAGCAGCCGCGGCCGGGCCGGCUCCACGGGGAGCAACUCCAGCGGCAAGAGGAGCAGCGAGAGCAAACUGAAGGAGCCAGUGUUCAGUGCAGGAAUGCGACGAGUGACACACUGCAAAGAGGAGGGGUAUGUGAAAAUGUAUCUGAAAGGACGGCCGGUCACCAUGUACAUGCCCAAAGACCAGGUGGAAUCCUACUCCUUGGACGCCAAGUCUGACCUUCCCUCCAGGAAGCUGAAGCUGGACUGGGUAUAUGGGUACCGGGGGCGGGACUGUCGCUCCAACCUCUACCUGCUGCCCACAGGUGAGACGGUGUACUUCAUCGCCUCGGUGGUGGUCCUCUACAACGUGGACGAGCAGCUGCAGCGCCACUACACCGGCCACACUGACGACGUCAAGUGCCUGGCAGUCCACCCUGACAAAAUCACCAUAGCAACAGGACAGGUGGCCGGCACCUCCUCUGAUGGCAAACAGCUGGCUCCUCAUGUCCGUGUGUGGGACUCUGUGAGCCUGAAUACGCUGCAUGUUCUGGGGACGGGCUUCUUCGACCGCGCCCUGGCCUGCCUCUCCUUCUCCAAAUCGAACGGGGGCGGCACUCUUUGUGUAGUGGAUGACUCCAACGACCACGUGCUAUCAGUGUGGGACUGGCAGAGAGAGGAGAAGCUUGCUGAUGUCAAGUGCUCCAACGAGGCCGUGUUUGCUGCAGACUUCCACCCCACCGACACCAACAUCAUCGUCACCUGUGGAAAGUCCCACCUCUACUUCUGGACACUGGAGGGCAGCUCCCUCAUCAAGAAGCAGGGCCUGUUUGAGAAACACGAGAAGCCCAAGUUUGUGUUGUGUGUGACUUUUUCAGAAAAUGGAGACACCAUUACAGGAGAUUCCAGUGGCAAUAUUCUGGUGUGGGGCAAAGGCACCAACCGCAUCAGCCACGCCGUCCCAGGGGCGCAUGAGGGGGGCAUCUUCACCCUCUGCAUGUUGCGCUGCGGCACGCUGGUGUCCGGGGGGGGGAAAGACCGCAAGCUCAUCUCCUGGGACGGAAACUACCAGAAGUUGCAGGUGGUGGAGGUCCCUGAGUUGUUUGGUCCUGUCCGCACGGUGGCAGAGGGUAAAGGUGACAGUGUGCUCAUCGGCACAACCCGCAACUAUGUUCUGCAGGGCGCCUUACAGGGCGAGUUCACCCCCAUCACACAGGGACACACUGAUGAGCUGUGGGGCCUGGCAGUGCACCCCAGCAAACCCCACUUUCUCACCUGCGGCCACGACAAGCACGUCAGUCUGUGGGACUCCCGCUCACACCAGCCUGUCUGGACCAAAACCUUGGAGGAUGCUGCCCAGUCGGCUGGAUUCCACCCCUCAGGCGCUGUGGUUGCCAUAGGAACACAGACGGGCAGAUGGCUUGUUCUAGACACUGAAUCCAAGGACCUGGUCACAGUUCACACAGAUGGGAAUGAGCAACUGUCCGUCAUGCGAUUCUCUCCAGAUGGUAAUUUCCUCGCCAUCGGAUCUCAUGACAACUACAUCUACAUCUACGCUGUGGGUGAGAGUGGGAGGAAGUACAGUCGGGUGGGGAAGUGCUCGGGACACUCCAGCUUCAUCACACACAUGGACUGGUCUGUGGACUCACAGUAUCUCAUGUCAAACUCAGGAGACUAUGAAAUUCUCUACUGGAUCCCGUCUGUGUGCAAGCAGGUGGUGAGUGUAGAGACCACCCGUGAUAUCCUGUGGACCUCCUGCACCUGCAGCCUGGGCUUCCACGUUUUCGGGCUGUGGCCAGAAGGCUCUGAUGGAACUGACAUCAAUGCUGUAUGCAGAUCCAAUGAAAAGAAGCUUCUUGUCACCGGUGACGACUUCGGAAAAGUCCAUUUGUUCUCGUACCCCUGCUCUCAGUUUCGGGCUCCAAGUCUCAUCUAUGGCGGCCACAGCAGUCACGUGACCAAUGUGAACUUCCUGUUUGACGACAGUUACCUGAUCUCCACCGGGGGGAAAGACAUGAGCAUCAUGCAAUGGCGAGUGGUAUAAAGCGGCCACUAGGGGGAGGCAGAGAGCCAGGGCAUACUCUGAUGGAGGGGGGAGGGGGGAACCUGUCCCAGAAAGCCUUUGCUGCACAUGCAGCUCAAAUGGGGAGAACAAAGACGCAGCGGUGGCAGCUGCAGGCAGAUGUGGUGGAAACAUCCGCCAGUCCCUUUUCUGUGUUAUUUUAUUUUAUUUUUAUUUCACAGCUCAGGAAAACAACAAUGGUAUUUGAAAUUAAUACAGCUCCUCACCAUUAUGGCAGCAAUACAAGCUGACAAACACCAUUCCGCCUUGGAAACACAAACAAGAUCUUUUUACAACCUAGUUUGCAUGGAUGAUUCUCACAGGUAAUGCACAGUUUUCUUACUGUUUUAUGUAAGUUAAGUCUGCAACGAUAACCAGUCAAUCCAUGUCUAGCCAUUGGGCAAUAUACUCCGUCACACUAAUGCCUUUCAGAGACUGUAAAUACCUGUUUGUUUCUGUGUUGCUGUGUGUCGUUUAUGCUGAGAUCAGCACAGCUGUCAUCUCAGCUAUGACUCUUUGCUGCCACCCUCUGGCUACAUGAGGAACUACUUUGCUCCACCUCGACCAAGUCAACUGUGCCGUCACUUCACUUUCCCUUUGCCUUCUUUCACAGUUCUUACAGAUUAAACUCAUCUAUCGUGUUAAUCUUUUUAAUACAAAUAACCAAUCAAAAUUUGGAACCAGUGCAUGUAUCAUACUUCUCAAAAUCUGAGAGAAAACAUGUUACCUUUUGAGAUUGUCUCGUACUUCCAAAUGCUGUUGCUUCGCAUGAGAUGUGUUACAGGGGGGAGGGGGUCUUUUAGACCAGGAGAGGGUUGGACUCACUCACAGAAGAAGGCUGACAUUUUCAUCUCCUUGAGGUAAAAUGCUUUAUUAACUCUUCAGGCUCUCCAAAAUACACACAGGGCUCAGACACACAGACACAUCUGAACAGGAAAGUGCACUCAGCCACCCUGAUGUGUGUUUACUGCAGCAAGAGGCAGCCUGACCGGUGCGUCGGCCUGACCGGUGCGUCGGCCUAACCGGUGCGUCGGCCUGACCGGCGCGUCGGCCUGACCGGCGCGUCGGCUUGACCAGUGUGUCGGCUUGACCAGUGUGUCGGCUUGACCAGCGCGUCAGCCUGACCGGCGCGUCGGGCCUGAUGAGUGCGUCGGCCUGACCGGUGCGUCGGCCUGACCGGUGCGUCGGGCCUGAUGAGUGCAUCUGUUUGUGUGCCUCUUCACUGGUGACAUAUUAACCACACGUGGCAGGUCCUCGUGUCUCCAUGGAUACGGCUCAGAAUUGCUGUGUUAUUAUAACUCUGAUCCCAAUGUUUAUGUCUGGCUUUUCAUUAACUACGUUCAUCACUUAUUACAUAUUUCAAACUCUGCCGAGCUCCGUCUCCACGCAAGGAAACCACAUUCUCCCACAGACUGCAGGGCACUGUCACAAACCAUGGCUAUAUUAAUGUAAUCUUCUUUUUACACCUCAAAAGAAAAAACUCUGAUCAAAAAAGAACUUUGUCAUGCUUUCAUAUCGCAUACCUAAACAUUAUCACUGCGUAUUAACCUGUGGAGGUGUGUGAUGGUAACCAUGGCGCCAUUGCUGAUGGGAUGUGAGGGGUGUGGUUCGGGUGUGGGGUGCGAUGGACGGAUAUAUUAGGAGAAUGAGAAUGGGGAAAAUGGGAAUCUGAAUGAUUGCAAAGCACUGUUUCCAAUGGGGGAUGUAUGUAGGAAAAGGACAUGGUUAAAAUAAAUGUUAGCUUCCAUUAUGAC